UAAUCUGCUAGGUUUUCUUGUUACAGUUUUUUGCUUCCAGAAUAUGAAAUUUAUUUUGAUUUCUUCAUGCCUCAAGUUGACAUUUAUUUCCAAUUCAUCUAGAUCUUGGUGGAGUAUGGAUUGAUGUUUACUUUAGAACAUCGGAUUCUUUGAAUCUGGUGGAUACUCAUUAGUGGAUUAUGUGUAAUAUGUUUGUAAUUCUUUUGUUGGUUCGAUUUUAUGCCUUUUUUUAAUGAUUAAUAUUAUCGGAAAUUGUGUUCUUGUAUGGUUGGUACGAAUUUUAUUGGAGCUUUAUGAUUUUAGGAAUUUACCUGCCACGCAGAGUAAAACCUGUGAACAAUUGGAACAGAAUAUAAAAUGCAGAUGACAUACAUACAACAGUUCCCCUCUCUUUGCUGUCCUCAAGAACCAAAGUUAUAAUAACAUGGAAGGAGUUAAACCGCUCUAGUAAAUUACCUAUUUGGUGUGAUACAGUUAACAGUACAACAAAUUCUUCUAGACUUCAAAAGUUAACAAGAGAUGGCGGAUGAGGAUAUUCAACCUCUUGUGUGUGACAAUGGAACUGGAAUGGUCAAGGCUGGUUUUGCUGGUGAUGAUGCCCCUAGGGCAGUCUUCCCUAGUAUUGUUGGUCGCCCACGCCACACAGGUGUCAUGGUUGGGAUGGGUCAAAAGGAUGCUUAUGUAGGUGAUGAAGCCCAGUCAAAGAGAGGUAUCCUCACUUUAAAGUACCCUAUCGAACAUGGCAUUGUCAGCAAUUGGGAUGACAUGGAGAAGAUUUGGCACCAUACUUUCUACAAUGAGCUUCGUGUUGCCCCUGAAGAGCAUCCAGUGCUUCUUACAGAAGCACCACUCAACCCUAAGGCGAAUAGGGAGAAGAUGACCCAGAUUAUGUUUGAAACAUUCAAUUCUCCUGCUAUGUAUGUUGCUAUUCAGGCAGUUCUUUCACUUUAUGCCAGUGGUCGAACAACAGGUAUUGUCUUGGACUCUGGUGAUGGUGUGAGCCAUACUGUGCCAAUUUAUGAAGGCUAUGCCCUCCCCCAUGCUAUUCUUCGUUUGGACCUUGCUGGACGUGAUCUUACAGAUUCCUUGAUGAAGAUCUUGACUGAGAGAGGGUACUCUUUCACAACAACUGCAGAGCGAGAAAUUGUUCGUGAUAUGAAAGAAAAACUUGCUUACGUUGCUCUUGAUUUUGAGCAAGAAUUGGAGACUGCCAAGAGUAGCUCUGCCAUCGAAAAGAGUUAUGAAUUGCCUGAUGGGCAAGUGAUCACAAUUGGAGCGGAGAGGUUCCGUUGUCCAGAAGUACUCUUCCAGCCAUCUCUGAUCGGAAUGGAAGCUGCUGGAAUCCAUGAAACUACUUACAACUCCAUCAUGAAGUGUGAUGUUGAUAUUAGGAAGGAUCUUUACGGAAACAUUGUGCUUAGUGGUGGAUCGACCAUGUUCCCUGGCAUUGCUGAUAGGAUGAGCAAGGAAAUCACUGCACUUGCCCCUAGCAGCAUGAAGAUCAAGGUGGUUGCACCUCCCGAGAGAAAAUACAGCGUCUGGAUUGGAGGAUCCAUUUUAGCAUCUCUUAGCACCUUCCAGCAGAUGUGGAUUUCCAAGGGCGAGUAUGAUGAAUCAGGCCCAGCUAUCGUUCACCGGAAGUGCUUCUAAUUUGAAUGUAUCGGAAGCCUACAUUUUUCAGUCAUCUGUCUGUGUGAGUUCAGUUUGUUGGACAUCUGAAGCUUUGGUUUUUAUCAAUGGAGGAAAGUUUAUGGUAUAUACAGUCUGUCUCUCAUUAGAUUUCAGGUUUUAGAUUCCAAAAGUACUUUUGGCAUGGAGUGGCUUGAAUGGAUUUCGAACUUGAGAGUUGCUUUGGUCUUUUUUAUUUUUGUAGUAGGGCCAAGAAUUUUCAUUUCUGGAUGCAUUUUGUUAAAGACCAUCUACCCCUUAAACAAUGGUUUCCUUUUGGAGUGUUGGCAAAUUUAUGAGAACUAGAAUUUUCUAAUCAUAA